UUCUAUAAAGUGUAGGAGUUCACAACCCAACACCUAUUCCAAUGAUGCUAACAUUAACAUUCAGAGAGUAAACCAUUUCAACUGUACUAAAGGAGAACACACACUUCACCAAAUCACCAGCCAUAAUAAAAAUGUCAGCUUCUAAGGAACUUUGUAAUGGCUCUGAAGAAACCGAAGGUGUUCCUUUGGCCAAUGGGUCUCUAGAUGUAAAAGAUGGUCAGUAUUCAAAUGCAUACACUUAUAAUGAACCAGACACUCUGAUUCAAAUGGAUUCAGUUGGUAUUUGUCAGACUAGGAAAACAAAAAGCUGUUAUAACGAGGAAAGUCUUAAGUCAGACAUAGGAUCAGACAAGUCCAGCAUUGGUAAAGCUGAAACCAAUGAAGUUACAAAAGAAAAAAUAUCCUCUGAUACACUCCAUAGAAGUUUUCCAAAUGCUACAAUGGGAACUGGGAAAAGAAAUAUUAACAACAUUGUGGCAUUGCUGAAAAACAAAUGUGGCAAUGGCAAAAGUAAUUUAUACCCUGUAGUAACUUUAAGAGAUAUCAUGAAAGACUUAAAUCUCUUGUCUAAUGACGUGCAAAAUAAUGGCAUCAAGCUCAGUUGUGGUGCACUUAAAAUUGACUCCAGCACCUUUCAAAGUAAUGGAAGCAAAGUAGCAAAAAAUGAAAAGACAGGAUUACAGUAUAGUUUCUUUUCUUCAGUUGUGCUUGCUAGCAGUAUUAGAAGUCCAGAAGAAAGCCUGCAUAUAGGAUCUAAAUCUGAGAUGGCAAGCAGAAGGCAAGAAAUGGAUAGGACGCAAAGGAAAGAAAAUACAGACCAUCGUGACAGCAGGCAUGUUGAAUUUGAAAAAUUUGAUCCAGCCAACACAGAUUCUAAAAUCGAAGCUCUGAUCUCAUCUGCUGUUUCACCGAACAGCAAUACCUUCUUUGAAAAUAUGUCAUCAUUGUACACCGUCCCGGAACAUAGACAUCAUGUAAAGUGUGAAAGUUCUAAAGCUGGAAUUCUGAAACACAACAGCCAGAAUGAAGAGGGGAUAAAUGCUGGACUGCUUUUAACUGAGACUACAUGUAAAAAGUAUGCUCUGAGGAAAAAACCAAUGAUUCAGUAUAAUCGGGAAAAUAGCUUGGAACAAAUUGAGUUUGAAAAAUACUGUAAGAGUAUUUCCAUUCCUUCAGCGUCUGCAGAAGCAUGUCAAGAUUAUGGAGCAGUCUCUCGUUUGCCUCUUAAAAGGACACUUUUAAAUAAGAGCCCAAAAACUAAAUGCAAAGGCAGUCGGAAGAUGUUAGUUAAAAUAGCAAAAAUCAAUACUCAGAAGUAUCAGAUGCACACAGAAAGAAAGACAAAAAUGUGCCAAAAACUUUUAAUGCAUAAUAACGUGAGUGCAGGAGUCAAAACGCAUCAUGUUACUAUGCCGGAGCAAAACACAGCUGUGUUACCAACAGUGAAGAAAGGUAGGAGGAGCAAGGUGAUGGUGUUACCUGCAAGUGAUAUUCCUGUUGUUAUCAAAAGGAAAAGAGGUAGGCCAAGGAAAGUAUUACCUGAAGGUAGCAGUGAAGCUACCAAUCAUGUGAAAAGAAAGCCAAGGCAUCACAAACUUUCUCCACCACAACCCACUUAUAUUGCUGGAUCUAAUGACAACACAACAGACUAUGCAGAUGUUUUGUCCAAAUUGGCCUUUUUAACUAAACAGAGUCUGAUCUUGGGUCGAUGCUCACCACCCAGGUGUUGGUCUCCUAGUGAUCCGGGAUCAUUUCAGAGAUCAGCUUCUAUGCAUCAGGACAUGUCUCAGUUUUAUCGUACGUUGGCAGGUACUCGAAGGAGAGGUGGAAAAGCAGGGUGUUCACGAGGAAGGCAAAUGGGCCAAUUUGCAGAAUCAUCUUCUACUUUCAGUGAUUUCUUUGAGGGUAUUGGAAAGAGAAAGCGGAUAUUCUUGGGUGAAACAAAGUUGUAUGCCAGAAAAUGCAAAUGGGGCACAGAAAUGAAAGAGAAGCCUGUUCAAAGGAGGAAACCAUAUAAGCGUGCGCUUCCAUUUCCAGAACAUGGAAUUUUUCGGAAUAUGAAUGCCGAAAAUUCAGAAUGGGCAAGACAAAAUGAAAACUUCUGGCCCAUGAGCCAAGGUUACCCUUCAAAGCAACCAAUCAGAAAUGGCUUGUAUCCAUCUUACCCUGGAAUGUCUACGCAGUCAUUUCCUAAUACUAUUUGGGAGUCCGGUUCUAUGUCAAGGAAUGGCUAUUUGAUGGGCUGUUUAUCUUCCAACCAAAGCAGUGUUGCUCAACAAAGUCCUGGCUGCAUUGCCGGAUAUUUCCGUUCUUUGCUGGAUUCAGAUGAUUCAUCAGACUUGGUGGAUUUGUCAUUUUCGCAGACUGGGCAAGAAUCAUGUAAUCUCAGUGGAAGCUUUGGGGUCAGCAAUUCAGCACAGCCAUCAAGACACUUAACGCAUUACCAAGAAGGGUUUGAUAAAACCAAUUCUCCUAGUUGUGUUGGUAGCCAGCAACAUGCAAAUCAAACAGCACAGGCUUAUCCACAAAUGAUUGCAGACAAUUCAGAUAGUGUUGAUUUCGGCUCCUCGUACCAUACUUCUGACUCGGAAAGUUUCCAAAGAGUUGCUGCUCAGCCACCUCUUUCUAGACAGACUGGACUUUCAUGCCAACAGACUCCAGAUAGCUUUGUUCAGUAUAGUAAUUACAGGCCAAAAGCUCAAACUUUCAGUAAUUCAGAUGUGCUACAGCAACCUCGAGAAUAUUCUGGACUUGACUUUCCAGGUAACAGAGAUUGUACCUUUGGCUAUGACACAAGCAAUAAUGUUACUUCAUCUCAAGCCAAUUCAACUGAGACGUACAGCCAUCAUGUAAUUGGAUCGAACCUGCAUUUCAAUAAGACGUCUUCAUUUAAUGCUUUUAAGCCGGAUCACAGUCCUCUGACUUUGCAAACAUCUUUAACUUCUGAGGGUCAAUCUGAUGCAGCCUGUUCUAUGGACCAUGCAUCUCAGAAAUAUUUAAAUUCAUUGCAGUUAUCAGCUGAUACCUCCAGGAUGGCGUUUUCUAGAGGACUUCAACUGAGCUGCAAAUCCAGUUUUAAUCUUUGCGAUGGGAAUAUGGCAUACUUUAAUCACCAUUACACUCCAGUGUUGGAUUACAACCUGAAUGAGUCAAAAGACAUCUUGGACAUUUCAAACUAUACACCCCAGAAAGUAAAGCUAAGGUCCUUUCCAGAGACUUACAGCGAAUCUUCAUCCCACUUUAACACAUCUUUUGAGAAUUCUGAAGGAGGUGUUAACAUUUGCGCUAAUAUGGCAAGCGAAGAGAAAUCUAGUCUCUCAAGUUUGGAAAAAUUGAUGAUGGACUGGGACGAAACAGUACCUGUUGAAAGAGCUGGACCAAAAGUUGGUUCUCGACGUCAGUGGAACCAUCACGUCCCAUUCCCCAGUGAUUUGAGAGCUGUGUAUGGAAGACGGAAACGAGUUGAUAUGUCCAGCCCUUCUCAGUUGGUUUUUCCAGCUUCACCCUCAUUUCCUUCUAGAAAGGCUGCAUUACCGAGACAAAUGAGGAACACCAGGGGACUUUGUGCUUCAAAUAAGAGAGAACAAUUUAUUCGCAAAUCAAAGCUGUUACAAAGAACACAAGGAACAAAUCCUAUAUUCUCCGAAAGUGCAGACUGUGGUUUAGAUUAUGGCUAUAGUCCAGAUAGCAGUAUGCCCCCAACACUUUCUAACACCCAAAACUUUCAAGUUCAAAAAAAUGAUCAGAAAGAAUAUUGUAGCUUAUACUCUUCGGGCUGUUCGACACCAAUGCCUGAUGAAAAUUAUUCCCCAAGAUUUUCCAGCAAUGAUGUUCAAGAGGCUCUGUAUUCAGACCUAAAGCAGUCUGCAUUAGAAGCAGAACCCUUUCAAAACCCUCACCAGCAGCGAUCUGCCCAAACAUUGCAACAUUCA